AUGGCGACGAAACAACCUUUGAAAACGACCUUCGACGUUGGAAGGGUGAUAGGACCUCUGUUUACGGGUGGUUCCUUUGCAAUUGAUAAUGGCGCUAGCAUUUUAGCUACCACGCUGGGUGAGGAUGUCGUCCUCACGAACCCCUCCAAUGGAGAACAUAUCACCAAGAUCGAAGGAGAUGGUGAACUCGUUUCUACCAUGACUUUGACGCCCUCUGGCAGCCAUCUGAUUGUAUGCUCGAGAUCGCUGUCGAUGAAAAUAUACGCUGUGCAAAAGUCAGAAGACGAUGGCUCGGUCGACGUGACCCUAGUUCGGACGCUGAAGCCCCACUCGACGCCAAUCGUAGUUCUCGCUGUCGACCGAACAAGCACCCUUCUAGCCACCGGUGGCACUGACGGAGUCAUCAAGGUCUGGGAUAUUUCAGGCGGAUACGUUACGCAUACAUUUAGAGGACCUAGUGUCCUUGUGUCUGCGCUGCGCUUCUUCGAGGUCGCCGGCCGCACGAGGGACGAUACAAAGAAGGGAAAGAAAUCAAAGAAGCAAGACGCUCUCGUCGAGGACGAAGAGGCUGGCGAUGAUGAUACGGCUAUCAACUUUAGAUUGGCUACCGGUUUCCAGGACGGGAAAAUACGAGUGUGGGAUCUUCACAGACGGAGCUGCAUCGCGAACCUCGACUCCCACGUAUCCGAUGUACAGGCGAUCGAUUUCUCCCCGACGCAGCAAGCGCUUGUCUCGGCGAGCAGGGACAAGACGUUAAUAUGGUGGGAUACACGAUCGUGGAAAUUCCGAAAGAUCGUUCCUUGUCUGGAGAUGGUAGAGGCGGCUGGGUUCAUAGACGACGGCCGGUUAACAUACUCUGGCGGCGAGAAGGGCAACCUCAGAAUCUGGGAUACGGAGACAGGGAGGGAACUGACAAAGGGCCAGGAAGCUAAAGGAGAGAGCGAUGCGAUUGUCGGAAGUCUCUACAGGCCUGAGAUUCCCUUUAUAAUAUGCGCCCAGAUGGACCACACGCUUGCCCUCUACCACCCUCCGACAAAGAACGACACCGCGGCUGCAUCGGCCGUUCAGCAGCCAUUCAGGCGCGUGUCGGGCACCCACGAUGACAUUAUUGACCUAGCAUAUCUGACUCCAGACCGCACGGUAAUGGCGCUGGCCACGAACGCCGAGGAAAUUCGCAUCGUGUCAACCACCGACCCUAAGGAUCGCUCAACCUCCGAGUCGUGGUUAUCCGGAAACACCCCAUUUUUUGGUCAAGAUGUCGGAUUGCUGAAGGGCCAUGAUGACAUCAUCAUUACUUUGGACACGGAUUGGUCUGGUUACUGGGUUGCUACUGGAGCCAAGGACAACACUGCUAGGAUCUGGAAGGUCGAUCCAAGCACUAAUACCUAUGACUGCUACGCCGUAUUUACGGGACACGCCGAGUCUGUCGGUGCCGUUGGCCUACCCAAGACAGUGCCUCAGGAAACGAGCCCGGCGUUCAAAGAUCCGCUCAACAACCCACCUUCUUUCCUCAUCACCGGAUCCCAAGAUCAGACUGUCAAGAAGUGGGAUAUACCUCGUCAAUCGCAACAGACGCAAAAGUCCGGGUCAAGAGCCGUCUUCACCAGGAAGGCGCACGACAAGGACAUCAACGCCGUCGACAUUCAUCACACCAGUCAUCUGUUCGCUUCCGCCUCACAAGACAAGACGGUGAAGAUUUGGUCUGUUGAGGAAGGAGAGGUGCAAGGUAUCCUGCGCGGUCAUAGGAGAGGUGUCUGGUCCGUCAAGUUUGCGCCGCCAAAGCUGCCGGCACUACAGGGCGAGGAGGGCUCUAUUGCAGGCAAAGGCGUUAUCCUGACGGGUAGUGGUGACAAGACUGUCAAGCUUUGGAACCUGAACGAUUAUUCUUGCAUAAGGACGUUUGAAGGCCAUUCGAACAGUGUACUCAAGGUUAUCUGGCUCAAUGUCCCCACGAAGGAGGAGCAGUCGACGCGACCUGUCCUCGUCGCCAGUGCUGGAGGCGAUGGCUUGGUCAAGGUGUGGGAUGCUAAUUCUGGAGAGGCGGAAUGUACCCUCGACAAUCAUGAGGAUCGUGUUUGGGCACUAGCCGUGCACCCCGAGACGAACACCAUUGUCUCGGGUAGCGGUGACUCCACCGUGACCUUCUGGUAUGACACUAGCUCGGCUACUCAGGCAGCGGCGACAGAGGCGGCGCAGCACCUGAUCGAGCAAGAACAGGAACUAGAGAACCAUAUCCACGCCGGAUCGUACAGAGAAGCCAUCACCCUGGCACUACAGCUGAACCACCCGGGCCGCCUGCUGAACCUCUUCACAAAAGUCGUCACGACCGACAAUCCCGACGCGAAGAGUCUGACAGGCUUAGCAGCGGUGGACCAGGUCCUCGCCAACCUGUCCGACGAGCAGAUCUUCCUGCUCCUCCUGAGACUUAGGGAUUGGAAUGCGAACGCGAGAACGGCGCCCGUUGCGCAGCGCAUUCUGUGGGCGCUUAUGCGGAGCUAUCCCGCGUCACGCAUCUCGAACCUCUCGGUGAAGGGUGCCCGCGGGCAGAAAAGUCUGAAGGAGGUGUUGCAUGCGCUGAGAGUGUAUACGGAAAGGCAUUAUAAAAGGAUGGAGGAGCUUGUGGAUGAGAGUUAUUUGGUGGAAUAUACCUUGCAGGAGAUGGAUAGUCUUGCGCCUUCGCUGGAUGUGGAGGUGGUGAUGGCGGAUGUCUAG